AUGAGCCCCGGAGAGGCGCCCGGUCCCCGCUCUCCGGAUCGCCCGCGCCGCGACGACAAGAUCCAGACCUCUCCGAUGUGUCCAGGCUUUUCUGGUGGUGUGCAGUCCUUUGCAGCCCAGCUCGUAGUGGAGGCCGACACCUUCGGGAGUCAGGUGCGAAUCCGAGGCAAGGAGACCAACUUCUACCUGUGCAUGACCCGGCGCGGGAAGCUGGUGGGCAAGAAGCCCAACAACAGGAGUGACGACUGCGUGUUUGUGGAGAAGGUGCUGGAGAAUAACUACACUGCCCUGAUGUCGGCCAGGUACAAGGACUGGUACGUGGGCUUCACGAAGAAGGGGCGCCCGCGUCGGGGCCCCCAGACUCUGCCCAACCAGCAGGACGUCCACUUCAUGAAGCGGUACCCCUCGGGAGAGCAGCCCGACCCCCAGCCCUUCCGCUUCACCACCGUCAGCAAGCGCACCAAGAGGCUGCGAACGCCCAGCCCCCGAUAGAGCGCCCCCCGCAGGCAGCACUGCGAACUGCUGAGCCCCUCUCUGCCCCACGGCCCUGGGCAGUGCAGACAGGAAGGUACACAGGAGAGCGUGCAGCACCCAUGCUUCUCCAGCCAGUGCAUUGUGUGAUUCUUCUUUCUUUCUGCUGUGUGUGUGCUGUCCUCAUAUUGCUAAGACACUGCACUAUAGAGAGGACAGUGUAGACAGUACGCUAUAGACAGGACGCUAUAGCUACUACACCGAACAGUACACUAUACCCAGUACAGUGUAGACAGCACACUAUAGAUAGAACAGUGUAGACAAUGCACUGAAGACAGUACACAGUAGACA